AUGGAUAUUAUGGAUAUAUUGACUCCAUGUGAAACUAAUUCAACAUUUCAUUUAAUUACUUCUGACGGUAAGUGUUUUAUAUUUAACGUAUCUUACCCUGAAAUAAUCUAAUAAUGAAUUAGUAUUAUUAUUAUUAUAUUAUGACAUAAUAUAAUUGAAUUUUAAUUUAAUAAAACCACAGAUAGCAAACUAUAAUUAUUCAUUAUGAUAGAUCUUUAGUCUCCUUAAAAAUCUAUCGAUGAGUACAGUUGAGUAUUCAGGAAUUUUUUUGGGGGGGGGAGGAUGUGUUGAUUAAUUAAUAGUUAGCUAUCAUAUAACAAAAAAACCAUAAUAUCUAAAAAUUAAGUAGAUAUUUAAAAACAAAAAACUAUAUUUGAUAUAAUAAUUAAAGAUUUUCUGAAAUUUCGGAUGUGGAUGCAGCUCCCUCAGCCUCCCACCUGUAAAUGCCACUGGACACGAAGCUUGUACAUUGUAUAAUUUCCACUUAAUUAGUCUUAUUUUCAGGGCUUUGCAUCCGAAUCAACCAAAAUCCGUAACACCACUAAAAACCCUUAAAAAUUUAAACACCCCAAUUAAAAAAAACCCGAAUAGUUAUAUAUUCAGAGAAUAACGAGGGAUCUAUUGGUUUUACUAGGAUGUAUUUUAAAUUCUGAGUGUAGCGAAAAACGUAUUGGUUUUACAAGGUGGUACUUUUGGGUGGGAGGUCAUUUUUUGAUUUUCCCGACAGUUUUCCUAAUAAAAGGAAAAGUGAGAAAAAAUGGGAAAAUGUACGAAAUAUAUUUAUAUAAUCCUCGUUACCAAUCCAGGUGUACUCAUAUAAUUUUGUUAUUAUCUCUUGUAAUGUAUGGGUAUUAGCCCGGCACAGUCUCUCUCCCGAUGGCAAUUCCGAACCAUGUGCACCUUUUUUGUUGUUGGACAUUUGUUAAUAUUAACCCUUUCAGUUCCGAAUUAAAAUUCUUCGAGUAAAACAUUUUGCUUUGCUUUUUUUUGAAUAAUACUACUUGAAUAAGAAAUCAUUCGGUUUAGAAAUUAUCAUGCCCCAGUGCCACGAAUUAAGAAAUACUUAAAAUUGUAUAAAAUUAGAAUUAUACUUAUAUCUUAAUACGUGCCCAGUGCACAUUUCAAUGUGCGUACUUUUGGCACGUUAUAGACGAAAUGCGCAUUAUUAUUAUACAAAACCAAAAUUAUGAGAAGAUUGAAUAUUUAGAAUAUAGAGUAAUUUUCAAAAAUUUCUGUUUGGACAAACAAUUUUAUUUAUAUGGUAUAAAACCUACUGAAUAAAAAAAUUUAAAAAAAAAAAUUAAAAAAUCGUCAGAAAUAUAUCGGAAAUUUUACCACGUCUAGAAUAGGCUGAUAUUUUACAGAAUGUUAGGUUUCUAUAAUAGAAAACAAAAAUUAAACAAAUUUAAAAUAAUAAAAUAUUUAACGCCAUACAUUUAUCCACUUUACGUUUUAUCUGUUCUUCCUAAUAUUAUGAAAACCCCUUGGAAAAUAAAAAUCUCCAGAAUUCACAUACUUAGGCCCGUUAUCACCAACGUAAACGUUGAUUUUUAAACGGAGUUUAUAAGAUAAUCGACUAAUCAUGUUCAGUUAAUAGCUAUAAACACAGUUGUAUUAGAUAAACGACUUUUUUACGUCGGUGAGAACGGCCGCCCUUAUCAAAAAUUUAACUAAAAAGAUCUCUUGAAAUCUUUAAAAACAAAAUGUUUGUUAAAAAAGUGGUUUAUAAAUAGAAUAAACAAAAUAUUUUAAAGAGCAUGCAUUUUAUGCUACAUUCGAAAUUUAAAAAGAGUAAUAAGUACACUAAUCAUUCUUAUUUGCACUCAAAAACUAAAAAAGUAUGAUGAUCUUCUAUUAUUGUUGUUUUUCUAGGUAGACAAUGUUGUAAUAAUUUUUCUUUCUUUGUUUCACUCAUUUCCUUUUAAGUUUUUAGAUUAAGUAAACAAAUUAUUAUUUUAAUAUUUCUCUGUUUGGGUGAAAUCAUUAUAAAUCUUUUUCCACCACUUUGCCUCUUAUUUCGGACACCUUGGCCCUAAAUCUCCACCUGACAGUCCUGCAUAACAUAAAGUGAUGCCCACCAGCACUCAGUUAUUCGUAAUCACUCUCGUUUAUCUUCUUUUCGGGUUUCCUCUUUCCCUCUUUCUUUACACAUCAUUUUGUAAAAUUUCACUCUUGAGUACUUUUAUUAAGCAACAUAUGUCCCGUUAAAUCAUUAAGUAGAUAGGAAUAAAUACAAUUUUUAAAUGUUUUAAACAUACGUUACCAUUACGAUGGCUAUCAUUCAGAGUGAUCAAUCCACGAUAAAAAACACUCCAUUAUCUCCAAAAAUAUUGACUAUUUUCGGAAUUUGUUUUUAAUCAAUUUAAGAAACAAACAGCUCUAAAAUUUUUCAUUUUCAUUAUAUUUAUCACUCUUAUUUUAGAUUCUGAGCGGUGCAAAGAAGCUUAUGGUUUUACAAAGAUGUUUAUUUUUUUUAAUAUGAACACCUUUUCUACCAGAAAGCUUACUCCAAUGUAGAUACUUAAAAGAGGUCAUUUUUCGAUUUUCUUAAGUGUUUUUUCAUCAAAUGCGAAAAAAAAAAAUAAAAAAACGGGAACAUUUACAAAAUAAAUAUAAAUUACGAUUUUUUUUUUCUAUGGACAACUUUUCUACCAGAAAUUUCGCAACAACUUUUAAUGAUAGCAAUGUUUAUGAAAGGAAAUUUAACUGAGAAGGUACUUUAAAGAAAUCAUUUUUUUGAUUUUCUCAAGAGUUUUCCCAUCAAAUGUGAAAACCGAGAUUUAUGUUUAUGUGUAUAUUUAUGUUUUAAUAUGGGAAAACCAGAAAAAACGUAGGGAAAUUGGGAAAAUCGGUACAACGUUAAACAAAUAUUAUUAAAGAUAAUAUGUAAAGCUUAUAUAAUUAUUUUACUCUAAAAUUGCAUAUAUAUUAUUGACAAAUCAUCACAACUGAAUUCCGCUCAGAAUCAUUUUUUCGUAAGCAAUGGUUUAUUGUUGCUUACAGGUAUAUAUUAAAUUAUUUAUAACAGUGGCUGCACCCGUCCCAUUAUCUUACUACUUUUUUUUGGCCAUGAAACGAUUACUUACUUUUGAUUUUUAAAUGGCAACCUAUAUUAAAAAUCCCAGUUAUAGUUAUAAUUAAAGAGUAUAAAUACAUUUUAGAACUGAAAUUUUGUAUUUCCGUCAACCUAUUAAGAAGGAGUGUUACCCGUGAUAUUUAGUGGUAAAAACAUACUUACGCAGACUGAAUACAACUCGUUCAAUAUUGGCUAUAGAGUAAAAACACCCAUAGUAAAAUUAAAAGAUAAAAAUAUUUUACAGUGAAAAACGGUGCCUUUUUUCAAAAAAAGUAUUUUUUGAAAAAUUACAGGUCAAUAAAAAAAUUCUUAAAUGGUUGUUAAUUCUCGACGAUAUAUUAAGUGUUGUAUUUGGAAUAUUGGAAAUAAAAGCACCAUUUUUCAUUCCAAAAUAUUGUCAUCUUUUAAUUAUAUAGUAUGUUUUUUUUUUACUGUAAAACCAAAAUUAAACGAGUUCUACUCAGACUGCUUAAACAUGUUUUAACGCCGCAAAAUGUAAAUUGUGUACCGUCAUGUGCUCCAAAUGGCACCGUUAAUGUUAUUGCGAAUUGCUCAGCAGAUUGAUAGAGUUUAGGAACACUUUUUUUUUAUUCAGGUGGGACAUAUUGAUUAAUACUAUUAUUUAAGAUUACCCAUAGGCCAUAAUCACAUAUAUUUUAUUUUUAUCAUUUUUCAUUAUUUUCUUCAAGAUCUAUAUUAAGUAUAAAACAUUUAAUUAAAAGUUACAAUGAAAUAUAAUGUUGGUAUAUAUACUAGGAUUAAAUGAUAUACAAAGCGAGUCAGCAUUUAAAUGUUUUAUAAAAGUAUUUCUAGCACACGAAAACCGUAUUAAUAUUGUAUUAUAUAUGUCAAAUGUUAGAAUUGGAAUUCCACUUUUAAGUUAACGUAGAGUGAAAUUAGUGAACCAUCAUUUAUGUGACAUUCGGAGUUUGAAUAGUGCUCCACUACUCUCCCCUACACAUACUUAGAACUUACUUGAGUGUCUUUUCGAAAAUUGAUCAUCUUGUAUAGUAAGAGCAUAUCACAUUAAUUCAAAUUAACGCUUCAUUCUUUGAGAAUAGUAUUUUACAACAUAUGAAGCAAAUCAAUUUUUAUUUACAAUACAUUUAAAAUUGUACCUAACAUUUUUAUUACAGAGAAAUUCUGCAAUUGGAUUUAUGACGAAAAAGCAUGUUGGCCGAUGGCAAAAGCGAAUACAAGCAUAUCUCAACCAUGUCCGAAAGAAGUUGGAUUUGACAAAAUGAGUAUGUAAAUAACAAAAUAUAUUAUUAUUACGUUUCAAAUUAUUAUUGACUACUUUUGAUGAGCUUAUAAAUGUAAGCCCUCUUAUGGGUAAUUUAACAAUGUAAACUAAUUUUUAACUUUUUAUGGUUUUGUGUUUUAUUACCUAUAACUUUUUAAUAUUAUAAAAUAUUAUAAUUUUUAAAAUUGAAUAUCUUAUAAAAAUCUAAGUAUGUGAAAUUCUUCUUGAACUUAUGCUGUAUAUGCAAAAAGUACACUAUACUUAUUUUAAUGUUUAUAGGUGUUUUAUGAAUAUUUACCAAUCCUCAGUGCUCAAAUUGGAAAAAGUAGAGAGACUAAAAAAAAAAAAUUAUCCUUUUUAAUUAUUGGUCACGACUUCCUAAUGAGGAGGCUUUGCCCCCCACAACUCCCUUACAUCAAUUUGUCUGUCUGUGAACCACUUUUCUACUAGAAAUAUUUCUGUGAUCAUCCAAUUUAGUGGUGGUCUCUGAUAGGAAAUUUUGUUUAUUUGGUGCAUUAAGAAUGAGAUGUUUUUUAUUUUCCUUGUAGUUUUCUAAUGGGACAAAAUAAAAUUCGAGAAAAACUUCUUAAAUUCUGGAAUAUUUACACAACGUUUUCUGUUUUUUCAAUUUUGUCUUUUGUUAUCAUUCAGUGAAAACUAACCGUAAAGGGUUGAAAUUUCAUCGAAUACUUUUAUAAUCCCUUUCCAGACAUAGUACAAUUUUCAAAGCAUUCUAGAAUUUAUUUAAUUUUUUUUUUUACUAUUUAUAGCCAUUUGAAAUGUUUAAGUUUUUUUAGUUUUUAUUUAAUUUUAUGUAAACAAAAAAUUUUCGUCUAAGCUCGAUAUUUAAACACAAGGUGUUUCAUGAAAUUUAAUUAAUAGUAGAAAAAAAAUCGAGUAGUAGGUAUGUAGGGGAACACGUAAAAAUCUGGAAUUCUUUUCUGUGAACAACUUUUCCACCAGUCAUUUUGGUCCGAUUUACAAUGAUAGCACUUUUUCUGAAAGGAAAUGUGACUAAAGUACCUUCCCAUUUUAGAAAGGUAAUUUUUCAAUUUUCCCAAGAGUUUUUCCAGCAAAUGUGAAAACUGGGAAAUAUGGGAAAACCAAGAACAAUAGAAAAAUUGGUACAAUAUUAAACAAAUAUUGUUAAAGAAAAUAUAUAAUGCCUAUUUAAUUAUUUUACCAUGAUAUGACAUAUAUAUCGUUGAAAAAGCAUCACUAUCAAUUUAAACUCACUCAGAAUCGUUUUUUCUUUAUAAAUAGUUUAUCGUCGCUUAUAGAUAUAUACAUUAAAUUCCCUUCUGUUUCCUUCCUUUCCAACUUCCCAUCUACAACAGUGGCUGCACCCAUGUGUGAAGGUAUUUCCGUCUCUUUUUUACACGAAUUUAAAGUUUAAAUUGUGUUGAAAUUAUUUGUUUUGAUAAAAAUAUGUGUAGGAGCCAUACUAAGCAUAAACAAAUAGUAUAAGUUCCUUUCUCCCCUCCCCCCAAAUCAAGCAUUGUCUUUAACACUAUACCUACUACUAACUAAAUAAAUUCUGUUUAAAGGUAGAUAUAGACGUUUACAAAUAUUAUGUGGUUCUCAGUGGUGUAUUUAAGGGGAAAGAUCGGGGAUAAAUCUCCUCCCUUGCCAUUUUUUUUAGAAGUUAUAAUAAUAAUAUUUCAAUGUUAGUGUUAUAGUAGAUAGAAUUAUAGAAUACUAAAAAAAAAAAAUAAUAAUAAAUUUAAAAUUGGAAUAUUUUUUUUUGUUUUAUUUUAGCCUAGGUAUCGCCAUUGUGUUACACCCGUACCUAUACAUACUAUACAAUCUAUACCACAAAAUAUUUCAAAAUUAAUUUUCCCCCUUCUAGGUAAAAUCCUAAAUAUGCCACUAGUGUGACUCAGUUAUUACAUCUGUAUAGAUACAAUUUGUAUUAUUAUUGUAAUUCUUAAUGAAUAUUUUUCUACAAAAAUGUAUGAUUUACUUUUUAGUUGAAUAUAUAAUUUCCAGAUUUACGCACUCACUUUCUUUUUAAAGUAAAAUACUUAAAAUAAUUUCUUUGAGCUAUAAAGCAACUACUACAACUAUUAUUAAAUUCAGUUAUUUAAACAUUUAUUAUUUUUAAUCAGUAAAAUAAUGCAUGUAACCAGAUGAAAAAAAACAUGGUGUCUGAUAUACUUAAAUAAGUAUAUAAAAAUCCUACUGUUUUACGAUUUUGUAUUAAGUGUGAAAAAUAAAAAAAUACCUAACACGACAAUCAUUUUUUAACUGAUUGUUAAUGCCGCAACUACCUUCAGGGCAGUAUUUUGACCAUUAAAUAAGACUUAUAAUGAAUCUUUUGCUAAAUGUUCAAGAAUUUCUGUUUAGUUUAACAAUUUUAUCCACAGACGGUCAACUAAAUAAAAAUCACAUAAAAAACUCCCAAAAUUAAAGUGUCUAUAACUCAAAAAUGGCUUAAAUAUGUUGAAUAUUUUACCACAUGUUUAAAAGGCAAAUAUAAAUUCUUUGUAAAAUUAUCAAGCCUCUUCAAAUAGUGUUAACUGAAUUACAACAAAAAAACAUUAUUGAAAAUAAUUAAAGUAUUAUUAUUAUUCUCGUAAUUUUUCCCGUUCUUUUUACUUUUUUGUCUGUUUUGCUCAAUUAUUAAAAAAAAAUACAGGGAAAAUUAAAAACCGAAAUUUUUACUUACCAACUACAAUUAGAAAUGCAAUAAAAAAGAUUGCGUUUUGUUUUUCUAUUAGAGUAAUAUUUCGAGUAGAAAACAUGCCGUCAAAAUUUUUGAAAUAAAGGAAUUAUAAUGCCAUACAUUUAUAAGUCUUCAUUUUUCGUUUUUUUCCGGUUUUUCAAAUUUAGUUUUCAUAUAUGCCUCAAAAUAUUUUAAAAUUGAAUGAACAUAAUAUUUUAAAGACAACUUAUGACUUUCAGUUAUUUUAUAAAAAUUACAUAAGUACAAAUAAAACCAGACAAAUGCUACGCAUUCAAGUGCAUUGCUCCGCUAGAUUGACGCCAUAAUACCGUUUCCCUCGAAGAUAUUGUAAUAUCUCCAGAGAUAAUAAAGAUAGUCAAGUUCUGUUUUUUGUUUUUAUAUUACUCACAAGGAUAAAGACUACAAGUAUUUAUAUUUCAAUUUUGUAAAAAUACUUAAAAAAAAUUACUUUAUUUUUGAAAAAUUUGAAUGUAACUAUUUUGUAGAGUUUAUUCUUCUGAAUAUUUUAUUAAAUUUGUGAUAUUUAAUAAUUUUUUAAAUUUCAGAAAAAAUAUGAAUAGUCAAUUAGCCAUAAUAAUAAUAAUCAAUUAGCGAAUUCGAUUACAGCAGGCUGCAUAAUUAUAGGUACUUUUUUUUAAACUUUAAAAAGUUAUUAAAAAUCACGAAUUAAAUAAAAAUAAAAAGUUGAAACUUCAACAUUUUUAGAAGAAUAAACUCUAUAAAAUUGUUUUAUUUAUAAUUUUUCAAAAAUUAUAAAAUAAAAAGUUAUUUUUUUAUUGUUUACUAAAAAAUAAAAAUGUAAUGCAAAUAUAAAUAUUUUUAGUCUUAAUCCCUGCGAGUUGUUUAUAAAAAAAAAAAAACAAAAUUUUUUUUUUUUAUUAUUCCAAGAAAUAUCGCAAUGGGUAUAUUUUCGUGGGAUACACUGUAUAGUAUUAAAGUCCUAACGUGGGGUCUCGAAAAAAAUGUUUACGCUGGGGCCUCAGUAUUAUAGUUGCGACGCUGCUGAUCGUGAAAUAAAAAAUUUAAUUUCGUAAUUUUAAUUUUAGAAAUGGUUUAUAAGUAUUGUACAGAAGACGGUAUAUGGGAAAACGUAACAAAUUAUUUUGGAUCAACCGAUUACAGUAGCUGUUAUAUGCCAGAAUUAGCAGACAUUCUAAAAAAACUUGGAUCAGAUUACGAUACAAAAGUACUAUCAGAUAAUUUGUAUAAUUAAAAAUAUUAUUACUUAUAUUGAUUUUAUCUUAAUGUUUCUUUUUCUUUUAAGCAAAAACUUAACAUAGCUAUAAAUACCGGAUUAAUAGAAAUAAUUGGAUGCCUAGUAUCAAUCGUUUCAUUAAUCAUAUCACUAUGUAUUUUUGUUAGACACAAGUGAGUAUAAUUGCAUUCAAUUAUUUAUUAGUGCAUCAUAAUAACAUUUGCUGUCUCUAUUUAACCGAAAAUAUAGUAAAAAUAUGUUUUCGUACUUUCCUUGUAUGUUCUCAUGUUCUUCUAUACAUAGAUCUAAAUCUAUAAUCUAAAUAUCUAAUAACUAUCUAAAUAACUAAUGGAUCAUUAAACCAAAUUAAAAAUCACAACAUUUACUAUGCUUUUUCAUUGGAGUUUUUGAUACAAUAAUUAUACAAUUUUCUAUUAAAAUACAAAUAUAUAUUUAUAUUUUUUUUAAAGUUUGAAGUACAAAUAGAUUAUCUGGUAAAUGGUUAUCAAAAAAUACCCCAGUGAAUGUAUAACAAAUAUUGUAAUCUUUAAUUUGGUGAAAUAAUUUUUGUUUUAGAUCCCGAGUACUAUUGGAAAUACGAAAACACAUUUUUUCUAUAAAUUCCAUUAGGUAGAUAGAGACAGAAAAAUGUUAUUGUGACGCCCUCUUAACAAUGGGCACCUUUUACUUCUUUUUCUUACGCAAAUAAAAUCAGUUACCCUUAUCCUCGCCAUUCAUAACUUAUAAUUCAAUAGCAAUCAAAAUUUCAUUAAAUUUGUGAUUUUUAAAUUUGAUAUGGUAAUUUAAUUAUUUAAAAACUAGUUUUAAAUAAAAAUUUUAGGUCAUGCGAGUACCUAUAUAAAAAAUAUGCAAAAAUCUUUAUUUGUGUAAUGUAGGUGUUAAAUUUUUAUUUUAUUAUUUUAGGGGCUUAUUAGAACAAAGGUUCAAGAUACAUAUGAACUUAUUUGUUGCCUUGUCACUACAAAUGUUAAUCAGACUUAUUUUAAAUAUUGAAAAAUUGGAUUUAUUUAAAACAAAAAAUUAUCGUAAAAAUGUAACUUGUUUGGUGGAUUGUAAUAACCAGACCCAUUUAAUUACGAGUGGUGAACAUUGGGUUUCAGGAAUCAUGUAUAUGGUGAGAUAAAAAAUAUAAAAAGUUAAUGUUUAUUAAUACUAAUAAUUAAUCAAUGGUACGCAAAUUUUAGCCAAUGGUUUGUGAGAGUGUUCAAGUUAUAUUAGAAUGGUCAAAAACUGCUAGUUUUAUGUGGAUGUAUAAUGAAGGAGUAUAUCUCUACCGAAUUAUAAAAUCAAGAGUUUUAAGAAUAAAUUCAAUAAACGUCCGUAUGUAUAUAUUUGGUUGGGGCUUACCAGCCUUGAUGACAUCUAUAUGGUUAUUGGUAACUAUGGUUCACUAUAAAGAAUCAUCCAGUGUAUGCUGGUGGGGCUACAGUUUGAUACCCUUUUUUUGGAUACUUGAAGGACCUCGUAUAAUAAUUAUUAUUGUAAGUUAUGAUUUAUAAAUUAUUGUUAACUUACUUAUUUCAAUUUAUAUUUUCAAUAGGUAAAUUUUAUAAUAUUAAUCAUCGUAUUAAGAGAGCUUUUGAAGAAAAUUAAAUCUAAAAUAGCACCAUCAAACGAGCUGGAUAUGAUAAGGUACUGUCAUUAUUUUAUAUGUUUAGACGAAAAGUACAUUUUUAAAUGUUUAAAAUAUUGUACAUAAGUGUAAUUAAUUUUAAUUUUUCCAUUAAGUUCUUAAGAUCAGCAAUAUAAUUAUUAUGAUUAUUUUUUGCUUUCUAAUAACAAUUAGAUACCUAAAUAAUUAAUUAAAAUAUAAAAUAUUGUGGGCAUUUGAAAAUUGUUAUGCUAUCAUCAAAUCUUAUUUAAUCUUAAUAUAUCUGUUUAAUAUUUAAUUUUGUUUUUAUCUUAGACAAGUAUCUAAAGCAGCAAUAGUUCUUGUUCCUUUACUUGGGAUUACAAAUUUCAUAUUAUUAAUAUUACCAGAACCUCAUUCGAAAAGUCCAGAAUUAUUUGCAUUCUGGUCAUAUUCAGCACAUAUAUUACACUCAUUCCAGGGUUUUAUGGUAUCAAUAUUAUAUUGCUUUAUGAACAAAGAAGUAAGUAUUAAUAAAUUGAAAAAAAUUAAUAAUACACUACACGAAUACAUAUUAUUACAAUAAAUUAAUUGUAAUUCCAGUAUAAUAAAAUAUACUACCUACAUAUUGCGUAGGUAUAUAGUAUAUAAUAUAAUACACCACCCUUUCUUUAGUGUGGAAACGGUAAUUGAAAACACUCAUUAUCUCUACACUGAAUUAUGUAAUUUGAAUUUAGUGUUUUCACACCAUUAUUACACAUCUUAACCUAACCGGGUCGUAUAAAAACUAUUUUGUAACCUGUUGGUUCAAUAAUUUAUUAGUCGUGUUUUGGUGUUCUAAACAAUUUAGUAAUUAACUUUACGGUUACAUAUUCCAAUUAGAAAACGUUUACUGAAUCGCCGAAACAAAAUUUCGUAAUUUUGGUUUCCAACAUAUUACAAAUUAUAUAAUACUAUCACAAAUUAUAAUUCACGUUGUUUUUGAAUUUUCAAAUUUUUUUUCUCCUCGCCUUUGUACUUGUGUUUUUCAGAUUUCAUAUGAUAAUUAAUUAGUUAUAAUAUAAUAUUGCUGAUAUAAUAUAUCGAGUUAGGUACCUUGUAACGAAAUUCACUAAACAGUUUACUCGUGGUUAGAACACCAAAACAAGCUUAAUUCUGUAAAAAUACUGAUAGAUAAUUAACAAAUUGUAUUGCAUAAACGAAUUUCAUUAUUUAAAUAUGAAUGUCUCAUCAGUGUCUUAACCGGCAUCAUGGUAUAACCACUUUUUCGUUCAUCACUUAUCAGUAGAAAUAUUUUUUCCAUUCAAAUUUUAUUAUAAACUGACAAUACAAUUUUAAGUAAAGUUUAAACGUCUAAUAAAGAUGGGGAUGUCUUACAAACAUUUUUAUAAAAUUUGGAAGAAUAUUACUAUACUAGUAUAGAGUAUAUUAUUAUACUCUAGUCUAAGGGAAUAAUUAGGUUGUCACAAUACAGAAUAGCGUCAAAGUAAUAUUUUUAUUAUUAUUUAACACUUUAUAUAGAUGGUAUUUUAGAAAAGUAUUGUUUUAAUUUCCUUGUAAUUAUUAAGAAAAAAAGCUGUCCUGCGAUAAUAAAGAUGUGUGCAGCCACUGUUAUAGGUAAUUUAAUGUACACCUGUAAGCAACGAUAAACCAUUGCUACCGAAAAAACGAGCAGAGUUUAGUUGAUAGUGAUGCUUUGUCAUAUUAUCGUAAAAUAAUUAAAUAGGCAUUAUAUAUUUACUUUAAUAAUAUUUGUUUACUGUAGUGUCAUUUUUACGGUUUUUCCUAUGUUUUUCUCGAUUUUCCCAUGUUUUUCUCGGUUUUUUAUAUUUGCUGGGAAAAAUCUUGGGAAAAUCGAAAAAUAACCUUCCUAAAGUACCUUCCUAGUCAGAUUUCCUUCAAAAAAAGUGCUAUCAUUGUAAAUUGGAGCAAAAUUGCUGGUAAAAAAGUUAUUUUCACAGGAAAAUAGAAGGCCGUAAUAUUUUUUAACUGAUCUACAUUUCUUAUAUUUUCUCGUUUCACCUCCGCUUUUUUUGAAAAAUGACCUCUUUAAAGUACUUUUCCACACCGAUUUACUUUCAGAGAGGGUGCUACACUUAAAAAUCGGAGCAAGAUUUCCAGUAAAAAGUUGUGCACAGAUAAAAAAAAAAAUAAACAUUUUUGUAAAACCAUAAACGUCUUCGCUCCAUUUAGAAUCUGAAACAGAGAUAUUAAUAUUCGAACUAUAAUAUAUCACUUAUUUUUACUAUAACAGAUUAUGGAUAAGGUACCAACCAAGGUACCAAGAGAACCUAAAUCUUAGAUUAUACAAAUAAAUUAUAAUUAAAUAAUAUGAUAUAGUUUUAAAAUUAAACAAAUAUUCCACUAGGAGGAGAGUAGUGGAGUAUUAUUUAUGUGGCGGUAUGGCGCGCGGCGUGUUAAUAAUGCACCACUACUCUCUUCUAACCCAACCUUAAGUGGAAUAUCUUGUCAACGGUUUGACACCCACUUAAAUGGAUCACCCGGUACAUUGAGUCCGCCAAUUACUACGUCGUUUCCAGUCCUGUAUAUCUUAGGCCAUGUCAUAUACAGACUGUGCUUAUAUUAACUAAUUAAAUAAACUAUUUUUUUUUUUAUUUCAGAUAAAGAAGUCUGUUAAUAAACGAAUGAUGCGCCAAAAAUCACGACGUAAUUUUAAUUGA